CGUAAAUACUGGUGAGAGCAAGACACAGACAAUAAACGGCUGCGAAUUAAAGACACGCUUGAUUAACUAACACAGAUAAUCGCAUCCUCCUUAGUAAAACACACUGAGAGAAAGGGACCUCAUAAAUAUAUAUAUUUUUCGGUUAAAACGGGAGAAAAAUAAACUCUACGAGUUUCCUCGCAGUGCAGGUAAUUCUGAAGAGGACCGAACGAAGCUCAUUUUCUAAGGAUGCAUUCGACAGACUACUGCGUUGGCGCCUUCGUCGCGUUAGUGAUGCUUCUUCAAGUAAGCGCUUUGGAAACCAUCGUAGGCCUGUAUGGAGAGACCAUCGAAGUGCCCUGCAGCAAAGGAGCUCCAGUGACCAGUGACUAUAUGUUCAUUAAGUGGAAAUACGACAAAGAUGACGGGACGGCCGGAGAUCUCCUGGUUAAAAAGAAAGAGAAGGAUGAGGCCGUCAUACUGGCAUCCGAUGAGUACAGGGACCGAGUGAACAUUUCAGACACCUCCAGCCUGCUCAUCGCCCAAGGGACCCUGGAGGACCAGAAGACCUUCACCUGCAUGGUGGUGACCGAGGCGGACGUCCUUUUGUACCCCAUCCACGUCCUGGUUCACAAGAAACCACUGCUGCCGAAGAUCACAGAGAAAGCCAAAGAGCUGGAGGAUGGCAAACUGACCAGGCUCGGGGAGUGCGUCUCUGAAGACGCCAAUCCAGCCGCCAACAUCACAUGGUCCCGGAACGGCAUCCCGCUGGUGGCUGAUGGGAAAAUGAUCGUGAUCACGCCAACGGUGACAGUUGACAAAGCAACCGGCCUCUCCACCACCACCUCCGAGCUGCAGUACACCGCCUCCAAGGUUGACGUGGACGCCACCUUCACCUGUAGCUCCCACCACAGCCUGGCACCUGACCAGGUGUCUGCACCUGAGACCUUCACCAUCCACUACCCCACGGAGAAGGUCAAGCUGCAGGUGGUGUCCGAUAUCCCCCUGAAGGAGGGCGACAACGUGACCCUGAAGUGCAAAGGCGACGGAAACCCUCCCCCCACCAGCUACAACUUCCACAUCAAGGGCAAGAAGGUGACUGUGGAGAACUCGGACACCUACACACUGACAGGCGUCACGCGCGACAGCACGGGAGAGUAUAAGUGCUCCCCCGUCGACAACGACAACUUGGUAGACUCCAAAAACAUCACUGUCAGCUACCUGGACGUCAGUCUGAGCCCCUCGGGGACGAUCGUUAGAAGGGUCGGGGAGAACGUGGCGGUGACGGUGCAGAAGAAUGCAUCGGGCGAAGUGAAGAUCACCUGGACUAAGGACAACACCAAGCUGGAGAAGCAGCCCAGGUUUGACAAGCUGAAGUAUGCGGACUCCGGAAAUUAUGUGUGUGAGGUCUCCACGGCUGGCCUCACGCAAAGACGCUCCUUCAGGCUGGUUGUUGAAGGUGUGCCGGUCAUCAAGAGGCUGGAUAAGCGGAGGGGUGAGGAUGGGAAACACAAGGUGCUGAUCUGUGAGGCGGAGGGCUCUCCAAAACCCAUGGUCCUGUGGAGUGUCAACGGCACCUCUGAAGAGAGCCCUUAUGUCAAUGGGAAGAUCACGCACAAGAUCGUCAUGGUGCCCACAGCCAACCUCACAGUGUCCUGCACGGUGUCUAACGACCUGGGGCACGAUAUGAAGGUUAUAAAUGUGUCCUCUUUAUUUAAGGAGGAGAAAAAAACAGAGAGACAAGACCAGACAGACGACUCGAACGACCAGGCCAAGCUGAUUGUGGGCAUAGUGGUGGGCCUGCUGCUGGCAGCCGCGGUCGUGGGGCUGGUGUACUGGAUAUACACGAAGAAAUCCAAGCAAGGCAGCUGGAAGACAGGAGAGAAGGAGACCGGGACCUCGGAGGAGAGCAAGAAGCUGGAGGAAAACAACCACAAAGGGGAGGCGUAGAGACACGCAGCCGCGUCGCAGGGACGAGGAAGGGAAGAAGCAGUAAGGAGAUGCCAUUGCACGCUGACUUACUGUUUGGUGAAAAACACACACACACAAACAAAAGAAAACAUCAAAGAGCCUUUUUCCUUGAACAUAGACAACCUCCAUAAUGCUUUUAGAGUGCAGCUCGACCAGCAUCUUGUUUUUCCCCAAAAUCCAGAGAUGUACAUAAUUACUCUCCCACCAUCAUGGAAAAAAGAGAAACGAAACAAUGUGUUUGUUUUUUUAUUUUUUGUUUUUUUUUUGGAGUCUGCACUGAAGACCGCUUUUCCUUUUCCGUUGUGUUCCUGGUGAAUGCGCUUUACUCUUCCACUUGGUUCAGUAGGUUUAUGGUAUUUUCCCUGUCUUUUUCUUUCAGUAAAAAAUAAUGUCAAUUCACUGUACACUGCUUAGGCCUGUAUAAUUUUAUUGCUGGAUUCAUGGCUGGCAGGAAUGCCUCACGCCAAGGACGAAUUGGACAAUUCCGGAAGGAUCUAUGCUUGUGAUUGUGAAUCAGUCAGUUUGCUCAGUUGGAGAGACUUCACUGCUGUUACUCCUCCACUCAACACCUCAAGAACGGUUGUCUUUGCAUCCGGUCUUUUUUUGUUUUUUGUUUUAAAUGCUGUAUUAACAUUGCUUAUUUGGGUGGUCCCCCUGAAGGGUCAGGUAGGGUACAGUGCCUGGGAAUUCUUUUGUUUUCCAUGGAGGAAAAAAGAAAAUUUGAAAAGAUGAUUAGGAGUUUGUGAAACUAGAAUGCCACCUCACCCUCCCUCUCAGAUGUUCUCUGGGAAAGCCACACUGCCUCGGCUCGGGCUUCUAGACACUUGUGUCAUUACUGUAGUGAAGAAUAGCUAACAGCUCACACACACGCGUUCACACAGAGAACGCCGGCUUUAGUUUGUUGUGCAGACCUGUGUCCAUGCCUUUGUGCUGGACAGCUGGGGUGCUGUGCUGAUAAACUCGGAUGUGUUCUCACUGUAGUCAGAGGAGAUUCACUGUACCUGUAAAUACGGCACAUCAGGAUGUUCAGCUUGUAUUUUUUUUUUUUUUUUUGCCCAGGUCUCAUGAAAGGAGUCAAAGUUAGCCGCAUUUUAGCACCUCCCUUAGAUAGUUAGUUUAAUCAAUUUCACUCCCUUUUGGCUCCGGGGCCUUGAGGUUGCUCACCUCAGCUGUUGGGAAGGUAUCGUACAGAAUACGAGCUCCUCGGAUACAUUGCGCAAAGCUCAUUCAUUUUCAGUUUUAGUAUUUUACUUUUGUUUUGCUUUCCAAGUACUUUUUUGUUGAAGGACACCUUGCAGAAGAGGUGGUGACAGAAGCAGUCAGAGCUUUUUGCAUUCAUGAAUGGGUUUUUUUUUUUUUUUUCCCUUUGAGUUGACGUUAAACCAUCAGGUCAGCAGUGAAACCAAAGAGGGUGAAAUGAG